UGUGUAUGUAUGAAAGAGGGGAAUGGGGAGAACACCAUGUUGUGAUAAGAAUGGUCUAACCAGAGGACCUUGGACUCCUGAAGAAGAUGAGAAGCUCAUUCAAUUUAUCAACAAGAAUGGUCAUGGUAGCUGGCGCUCACUCCCAAAACUUGCAGGUCUUCUUCGUUGUGGGAAAAGUUGUCGUCUUAGAUGGACGAAUUAUCUAAGGCCAGACAUCAUACGAGGUCCUUUUAGCCCCGAAGAACAGAAGCUUGUCUUACAGUUACAUGGCAUUCUUGGAAACAGAUGGGCUGCAAUUGCUUCACAAUUACCUGGGAGGACAGACAAUGAGAUAAAGAAUCUGUGGAAUACUCACCUGAAAAAGCGCCUGCUUUCUAUGGGCAUUGAUCCUCAGACUCAUGAACAGUACUCUGAUCCCAAUGGACUGUUGAGAAGACCAGCUAUAUCACCUUCAGCGCGUCAUUUGGCACAAUGGGAAAGUGCUAGGCUUGAAGCUGAGGCUCGUCUUUCUAGAGAGUCCCAAUUCUUGGUUCCAUCAUCAGUCGGGAGGUCUGAGACUGACUAUUUUUUGCGCAUAUGGAAUUCAGAGAUAGGAGAGGCAUUUAAGAAAUUCAAGAAAGGAGAAAAACAUGCGUGUCAAAGUCCAGCCUCUCAAGCAUCUUCGUGUACAAAGUAUGGAUCAGCUUCAGGCAUUACGACUGAGGUUGAACUCAGUGUUGCUGGUUCACCAGUAAUGGGGAGCAAUCAAAAUGAAUAUAAAAAGUGGAAAAUUGGCCAACCAUAUACUGAAGAUUUCUUGCAAGGAUCAGACACCUCUAGCUCCAACGCCAUGGAGGAUUCAUCUGAAUCAGCAUUGCAACUUCUUUUGGAUUUCCCUAGUAACAAUGACAUGAGCUUUCUAGGACAAAGUGAUUCCUAUAGCUUGUAUCCCUUUUUGAGUGAAAGCUCAUUGAUCUGCCCUUAGGCUGAAUAUGCAGCGUUCUUUCUCUGAUAUCAGUGACUCUGAAAUGUCGAUUUUGAAAAAUGUUUCUGCUGGUUGUUUUAGUAUCUCCAGCUGUGGAAAGAACACAUAUUCUAACUAUACUACAUAUUAAUGUCAUAGCAAGAGGGCUAUAUCAGCUCCAUCAGGGGAAAAACAAUGUAUUUACCUCUAUAUAUUUUGUA